AUGCCAUUUAUUGCCAAUACUCCCGAGUCGAUUCUUCCCCGAUCUGAUUCUCUAAAUCCAGCGACGACAUGUCGAGGGAUCACGGUCAACGGCCGCCCCUGUCGUCGCCCACUGACAUCGCCUGCCCCGUCUUCUAAGGGGAAUAUGGCUGGUGGUUCGGAUCCAGCAGCUUUUUAUUGCUGGCAGCACAAGGACCAGGCGGAACAGUUUGUUGGCAACACACAAAAGAAAGGACGAGCGGAUAAUCAACCGAUAAAAGAGAGGACUAGUAUCGAUACCUUGGUCGAACGCUUGGGCGUGUUGGACGUGAAUGAUGAAAAGGGGAGAACAAAGCCUCGUCAGGAUGGUGCUAAGAGACAUGGUCCAAAUGGCACGAACGGGAAAUCGCAACCACAUGGUCGCUCCAGUCAGGCAGGCCGUGCAGGAAAGACCAUAUUCUGUUGCUUCCGAAUUGCAGAUGCCGAUGACCUCCCUGCUUCGAAACCAGUCGCACGCCCGGUUGAUGACCAGCAUAAAAGAGGAUCAACUGCACCGUCUGCGUCGCAGCAAAGGCCGGUUAUUAUCCGCAAACCUCAUUCACCACAGCGCGCUCAGAUUAUCCAGCAACGGCCGGUUCCAACUACACCUCCAAAGCAAGGGCACUCUGCUACCCCUACACGACCCUUUCAACCCGCUACCCCGGCCUCGUCCACGUCCCAGACUCAGCCACUUUUGUCGUGGAUUCCGCCCCAUCUGUCUCCUCAGACGACAGCAAACUUGCUCACUGAAUUAGCCAAACCUAUCUCUGAGGCCGAUGAAGAGGGUUACAUUUAUAUCUUUUGGAUUACCCCGUCGACUUCGAACUCCACCGCACCUCCACCAUCCGAUAUUGCCUCUAAUCUCCUUCCCUCUCCGAAUAGACCUGGUCAUCAUCGUCGGACGAGCGACGCGCUCCGCGCUGUACAAAGUCAUUAUGCAGACAAUCGGGGUUCUGGGUCCAGUCCAGGCACGAUUCGCUUGAAGAUCGGCCGCACGAGCAAUGUCUACCGUCGCAUGAAUGAAUGGACAAGGCAAUGCUCAUAUAAUUUGACGCUUAUCCGCUAUUACCCAUACUCUCCUUCGUCUUCCUCACCUUCGCCCUCACCAGCACGAAGGCCCGAGAGUCACAGCUCCCAAGAACCCGGAAGACGGGUUCCCCAUGUCCAUCGAGUGGAGAGGCUGAUCCAUAUUGAGCUGGCAGACCACAGAGUCAAGGGCCAGGGACCGUGUCCGGAGUGUGGAAAAGAACAUCGGGAAUGGUUCGAAUUCGAGGCGACCAAGGACGCGCUACGGCUUGUGGAUGAGAUAGACUUUCGACAUGAGCUGGAUGAAUCAGGAUUAUUCGACACAUGUACUGUUCCUACCUUGUUUCCUGUCCCUCUUCCUGAUUUGCUCUUAGAACCAAAUGCCAAUUGGUCUCUUCUGAAUACAGAACUCCUCACGUCGGUGAUAAUUCUUUUUUUUUCCAAGAAGAGACGCCCAAGGGCCCUCGACGCCAUGGUUGUCGUCGCGACGCAAGAGGAUCCCAUCUCCACCGUCAAAUGGACCAUCCUCAACGGUUUUUCCUCUGUUACAGAUAAAGCCAUUGCGGUCCUGAAUCACAUCUUGCCUCCGGAGCGCCGCGAAACCCUCCAGCAGCGUUCAGUUCUCUUCGCGACUUCUCAUCCGUUGCUGGCAACCCUGCUCCUGUCGCAGGUGGCUUUCUCUGGAAUCCCGCUGCUCCUGUUCGUCUUGCUCACGGUGGGGGUGUUUGUUUUCAGCUUCGUUGCGGCUCUCGUGGUGGCUGUGCUGAGUGCGCUGCUGUUUACCGUUUUCUGCGUCGGGUUUGCAUUGCUGCUGCUUCUGCCGACGCUCUUCGUUACGACAUCUACCGGCGUGGGCGUCUGGCUUUGGGGCUGGAGCGCAUAUCAUCUCGUCAAGUGGUUCCGCGGCUCUGAUACGGAGCAGCUGCCCAAGCUGAGUUCGGGGUUGGCCUCGAGGGUCCUUGGCGGUUCGGGAGGAGACAAUGUGAGCAACGAGAAGGACGAGAAGUAUCCCCCAUCAUACGAGCAGGAAGACGCCAAAUCUCAACCACAGGAAACCAAAAAGGAUGUCGACUCGCAGACGACCACAAAACCUGUUAAUUAUGUGGAAGGCAUAUCGGACAACCCCAGUGUCGCUGCCGGAUAG